AUGAGUGAGUGUGGUGCAAUUGAAUCAUUUGGUAUGGAUGAAUUUCCAAAGAUACCACAAAAUUACACAGGUUUUCAUGUACUGCCAUCAGUUAUUACUUUAAAAUUAAAUGAUUCAUCAACAAUAACACUACGUAAUUCAAGCAAUUUCCCUGUUCUUUAUAAGGAUCGUUUCCUUAUAAUUUAUACAUUGGUUGGUAUGCAAUGGUGUAUUAAUGAUGCUAAUGCAUUAUUAUGUUGGCAACGAGCAAAAGCUCAACAAAUUCCAACUAAAACGAUUAUUCUUAAUGCUAAAUUAAAGUAA